AUGAGGUCAUGCUAUAUCUUUUGGCUGCUAUGCUUUGCUCUCCUUGCUCUAGCUACGCUCACCACACACAUCUUCCGCUCUCUGCCUGUUCAGACAAACAGAUUACCAAUUGACACGCUCCGGAUCCUCAACAAGUGCAGCGAAAUUAAACUUGUGCCUGGCCCACCGUCCGACUUUCAUGAUCGCAUCACUUCCGAUAGGUUCCAGCUCGGGACCAAACCAAUUCUCAUCAGAAAUGCAACUGUAUGGACGGGUCGUGUCAACGGGUUGGAGAUCAUACAAGGAGACAUAUUGCUGAACGGGGGCCUUAUCAAGGCCUUAGGAAACGUCGACUCAUUCAUGCGAGCAGGCUACUCGGAUGCUGUGACCAUAGAUGCACAAGGUGCUUGGGUAUCUCCUGGAAUCAUAGAUGUCCAUUCACACAUAGGCGUUGAAUCUUCGCCUCAUCUAAUUUCGGAUGAUAACUCAUUCAAAGGACCGAUCGUUCCCUGGCUCCGCGCCCUUGAUGCAUUGAACACGCACGACGACGGAGUGCAGCUAGCUGUGUCCGGUGGUGUCACUACAUCACUUAUCCUCCCAGGCUCUGCUAAUGCCAUUGGUGGUCAGGGGUUUGUAAUCAAAUUACGCCCUACGGACGAAAGAUCUCCGACUUCAAUGUUGCUUGAACCCCCUUUCACGAUAAAUGGAAGUGAGAUCCCACCUGUGGUCCAUCUCAGAUGGAGACAUAUGAAGUGCGUCAUUUCAUCACCUCAAGUCUACGACGACACCCGGAUGGACGAUGUUUGGAGUUGGAGACAGGCGUAUGAUACCGCUCGCAAGGUAAAGAACGCUCAAGAUGCGUACUGCGCUGAGGCACAGGCGGGGAGGUGGCACAAGCUUGGGAUUUUCCCGGAAGACCUGCAGUGGGAAUCGCUUGUUGACAUAUUACGAGGCAAAGUGAAGGUCCAAACUCACUGCUACGAAGCUACAGACAUUGAUAACUUCGUGAGGUUGUCAAAUGAAUUUCAGUUCGAGAUAGCAGCGUUCCACCACGCUCAUGAAGCUUACCUUGUACCGGACGUCAUGAAGAGGGCGUAUGGUGAGGGCAAGACGCCAGCCGUGGCUAUUUUUGCUUCGUUCGCUAGGUACAAAAGAGAGGCUUUCAGACAUUCAGAAUUUGCCCCUCGCCUCUUGGCUGAUGCCGGCAUAAGGGUUUCGAUGAAGAGUGACCACCCGGCUAUUGUCUCUCGCUUCCUGCUUCAUGAAGCACAGCAAGCGCAUCAUUAUGGACUUCCAGACUAUCUGGCAUUAUCGUCUGUAACCAGCACAGCUGCCGGUAUCAUUGGGCUUGAUCACCGCAUUGGCUACAUCAAGGAAGGUUAUGACGCAGACCUCGUUAUUUGGGACAGUCAUCCUUUACAAUUGGGCGCGACGCCCAAACAGGUCUUUAUCGACGGUGUCCCUCAAUUUGACGCACCGCAUGUAUACUCCAAGUCCUCGCAGAAGCAAACAGCACCGAAGACCCCUGAUUAUGACAGGGAAGCGGCAGCUUCCCUCCAGCAUGAUGGUCUCCCUCCCCUUCAAAAUCCCAACCCUGUGUCAGGAACCAUAGUCUUCAGUAAUGUGUCCAGAGCUUGGCUACGGGACAACCAUGGUGUCAAAGCUGCGUCUCAUUCACGUGCUGAGGUGGGUUUCGCCACGGUACACAACGGGCACGUCAUUGGGUUAGGUAUGGACAGAGAGUACUUCGCAGCAUUGUCGAAUCCAGAAACCACCAUGAUUGACCUCCAGGGUGGCUCGAUCGCUCCUGCUCUUGUCGGAGCUGGGACAUCCGUUGGUCUUCAGGAAAUUAGCAUGGAAUCCUCUACCGUGGACGGAGUCGGGUUUGACCUGAUGGGAGGCGAACUUUCUACCCUCGUCGAGGACCACUUCAUCCUCAAAGCUGCGGACGGGCUCCAAUUCGCCACACGCGAUGCUCUUCUGGCAUAUCGCUCUGGCGUCACUACCAGUGUCACGGCCCCAUCAAAUGGUGGAUUGAUUGCGGGGCUGAGCGUUUCGUUUUCUUUAGGCGCAUCACAUAGAUUGGAAAUGGGCGCGCUGGUACAGGAUGUUGCAGCUUUGCAUGUGUCAAUCCACCGUCUUUCGGAGCUGAGCGUUAGCACCCAAAUUGCGGCACUACGACGUCUCCUGUUGAGUCCACCCAAGGACGAACUUGGCAGGUGGUUCGCAAAGGCAACAGCUGGAUUGAUACCGCUUGUUGUCAGAGCACACAGUGCCGAUAUCAUCUCCACUUUGAUUAGUUUGAAGCGAGAAGUGGAGGAAACUAGUCACGUCGCGAUGCAGUUGACCAUCGUAGGCGCUGCUGAGGCCCAUCUACUCGCCGAAGAAAUCGGUGCUGCGAAUGUCGGCGUGAUUGUUGCACCGCCUCGCUCAUUCCCAUAUACAUGGGAUGACCGUCGAAUCCUCGCCGGCCCCCCUCUGACCAACACCAGCAUCGUGCCUUUGCUUCUUUCACACAAUGUGACGGUGGGGAUCGCUCCACAGGGAAUCGACGACUUUACGGAAGGUAUGGCGACGUGGGCAUUGCGCAACCUCCGCUGGGAUGCUGGAUGGGCAAGUGUUGCCAUCGACGGUGGCUUAAAGGAAAACGAAGCACUCGCGCUGGUCUCGACAAACAUCGACAAAUUGUUGGGCGUGCAUACGGACCCUAUCGAUGCAGACUUGGUCGUUACCCGAGGAGGAGCCUUGCUCUCGUUUGAGGGCAAAGUUGUCGCCAUCAUCUCGCCUCAACGCGGCACUGUUGAUGUUUUCUGAUAUGCAUCAGACAGAGAGCGACUUCCAUAUCCUAUUGCUCGUGUUAUGUGCCACGCUCUCGCAUGUACGGUAUCUCAAUGCCCGACAGGAGCAUAUAUUUUGAACGUAAACAUGGUCGUGAGAUAU